GGCAGGAGAUGGCGUAGCAUUUGAUUGUGAACCUGAUUCUUCACUAAUCUUGAAGAUAGAAAUGAUUGUCAACGCCUCCUAGUGAGCAGGAUUGUAAAAAGGAAGUUGAAGAAACAUUUAUUUCUUUAUAGUCUCCAUUCUAUAUACAAGUAUAACUGUAUGACCGUGUGUACUGUGCCGCUGACAAUGAGCCGCGGCGGUGACUGUGAUAAGUGAUCGCGUACCCUUCCUCGUCGCUAAACGCGUAGUGGCAGUGGAGAAAGAUAGUACGUCGACCAAGAAAAGAGUCUACCUCUUGAUGACUCGCGCUUUACGCAAGGCGCAACGUAGCCGGAGCUCACAAUUAUGUUCGAUGUACCGCCCAAGUUCUACGAGCUGUGUCGCCUUUGUUUAUCGUCGGACGGUGUCAAAUUGUCCAUAUUCGAAGAGGAAGGCGCCCAGCGAAAUUUCGCCGAUAAGAUAUUAACGUGCCUCUCGAUUACGGUAAAAGAUGGAGAUUCUUUACCACCAAUCAUUUGUCACCGAUGUGUGUAUAAAUUGGAUGUACUGCACAACUUCCGUGAAGUGUCACACAAAUCUGAUGUCAUACUCAAACAGUACCUGGAUUAUGCCAAGCAGUUAUCAUCACAUGAUGAUCAGAAAAAAUCUUUCUCCACUGCCAAAGUAGCAGGAUUAAGUCCGCUACAGUCAUUUCUCCAAUUGAACAAAACAUUGUUCAAUGAGGAGCCUAACUCUCCGGCCAGCAUUAAUCAAAACGUUAUACCUCAGACUCAAACACAUCAUUUGGAAUUGUGCACCAAUGACAUGCCUGAGCAUGAUAACAUUAAGUGUGAACCAGAAGAUGAUACAUGUUCAAAUAGUUCUGAUCCAGAUAGAUUAGAAAUAGAAGAUCGGGAUGAGCAAGAUACUGAGGGGGAAGAAAAUGGUUAUGAUAUGACCAUUAAUAAGAGAAUGAAAGUAGAAACAAAUUAUGAGGAAUCAAAAACAAGUACCCCCAAUCGUAGUCCAGUGAAUAGAAUGGAUACACCAGAAAGCAAUUGUUCAGAUACAAAUAUUGAUCAGGAAACAACAAAAUUAUGGCAAGCAUUAGCAAACAAUAGGAGUUUAGAGAUUACCAGGACAAAUGGUGACAAAUUAAAUAAUGGAUUCACUGGCGAGGCAACUAAUUUGUUGCGUUCUUUAAUCAACAAUAGGCAAAUUGGUAUUACUGCAAUUGAUUCUGACAGAAUAUCACCACAAAUUAGGUUUUACAGAGAUACUCAAGGAACAACAAUUGAACGCACUAUACCCGACUGUUCUCUACUCGGCAACCGUACUAAUGUGUCGUGUAUAGAAAAUAAGGGUACGUCUGUGGACAGUAAUCCGUCUAGCCCUGCCAGUGUUGGUCGAAAGGAAACUAAGGGUCGUAGAAAACAAAGUUAUCCUAGCAAAGCUCCCAUGAGUCCAGAUGUCGUUAAUUAUCAACAUGAAUCUAAUGAAGAACAAGCACAAGAUUUUACAACAUGGUCAAAUAAAAUGAAGGGGAAGGUAGAGGACCAAAAACAACAAUUUGAUCAACAUAGUGGUAACAUAGCGAAAAAGGUUGAUAUGUCUUGCACAAAUUGCGGCACUAUGACUACAACUAUUUGGAGAAGAAAUAUGAAAGGAGAAAUGGUUUGUAAUGCUUGCGGACUUUAUUACAAACUUCAUGGAGUAAAUCGUCCAGUUACCAUGCGAAGGGAUACGAUACACACGCGUAGACGUAGACCUAAAGGUGAAAAACCAACAAGGCAUAGAAAAAAAGGUGAUUCAAUUUUGGUACCACAAUCGGAACAGAUGGAUGCAGAAAGUGCAGACAUGUUAGCAGCCCUUCGGCGACAAAUUCAGCCUCAUUUAAUGAUGGCAGCCUUAACACCACCACGUAUACCUGGUGCUCAUCCACCAGCUCCUACCGCUCAACUUAAUUAUUCUCUUCCUUUACCUAGUUACAUGAUGCAUCAUGUGAAAGCAGAAGGACGAGAACAAUGUCAUUUAUCUACGGACAUAGAAGAAACAGAAGAAGGAGAUGCAGAGAACGUCUCGGAUGUACCAUUAAACUUAGUUGCGACGUCAUUAUCCGAAGAAGCACACUGAAAUCAUUUUGACCAGCUUUAGAACGACGUUGCUAUAGGUAUAUAUAUACAUAUAUAUAUAUAUAUAUAUAUACAUAACAAAGAAUCUCUAGACAGAAUAGUCUGUCCGGUGAUACACAGGGUGUAAAAGACGAGAUUAUUCUCCUUCUUUUUUCUGCCUCUGUCGUCCAUGAUCCUCUUUUUGGACUCUCCUUUUUUCUCUUUUUCUCUUUUCCACGGUCUUGAGAAUUUUGAGAUGGUAGAAUAUUGGGAUGUGUAUUUAUCCCUUGAGCUACCAAGCCCGUGGUGCAGAGCGCACGAAGGAACGAUGAUAUUAAAUACGCAGUAUUAAUUACGUGGUUAUUCAAAAUAUGUACAUAUAUAUACACGAAUACGAAGAAUAUUUUUAUACAAAAUUUUCUACGCUUGCAGCUAUAGAGAGCGACGGGCGAUCGUUGUACAUACACGCGCAAAUUGUUCUUUCGGUGUCGCACGUAUUUUACGCAUUAAAAGGAAUGGUGGUCGUUGUCUGUUUUCUUAGUGAUGUAAGAAAGUCAAUCACCAGUGAAAGUUUUUAGAACGGUGCUAGAUUACUGUUCGGAAAGGCUUAGAAAUAAAGAAGAAACAAAAAAAAAAAAAAUGAUUUGUCACUAAAAGAUUAGUGAACAAAAUUUAACCGUUUUGUUCCACGGGCUUUUAGCUGUCAGUGAUGUUACAAUUGCAAAUAAUCUUGUUUUGCGUAAUAUUUAAAUUAAAAAACGUCCCAACCGAACUUAACUAGUGAAUAAAAUCUAUUUUUCAAUUGAUUUUAAUAACGAAUGAAAACUUAUUAUUUGUUUAAUUAAAACUGGAAAAAAGGAAAAUAUUAAUGGAACAGAAAACGGUUGCACGAUGUGACAAAUGUUCAUUAAAAAAAAAAUAUCAUAUAGAAAAAGUUAGAAUCAUAAAGGGAAAAUAAUAUGUUCUCGGUAAUUUGAGCUUUGUCAAAUUACAUUUUAGUAUAAUUUUUAAACAUCAUACUCUAGUGGCCUUUCAACAAUUUAUCUCCUUUCUCUUCCCUUUUUAGCUCUUAUUGCAGUAAGAAGUGCAGAUAAUUUACUUACAGAUACAAUCUUAAUUUAGAUGAUGUAGAUUACUUUUUUACGUGAGCACGAGACUGCCGGUAUAAACACAUUUAAAUACUCUUUCUAUCAUUUAUGUAUUUUGUUCUCCCCUCUCCCCCCCUUUUUUUCUAUGUGUUGGAAAGCUAUUUGAUUGUUCAUACAGUCAUCAAUAAUUUGUACUUAAUAGACAAAGCAGCACACCACCAUAUAAGCUAAGACCCCGAAAGCAAUAAAAAACGCGAUGGUACGUAGGAUAGAUUGUCGUCAUACAAUACUCGUUUGCGUGCUCUCUCGACGACAAUUUAAACAUACAAGAAUUUCAGGAACUAAUAUUUAGAUAACAUUCAUUUAUAUGCCGGACGUUAAAAAUAACAAAUUUUAUUGCUCCAUAAUUGCUGUAGAUAUAUUCACAUAAUCUCUUUUUAAAUUUCUUCCUUAACUCUAUUCACUUUAUUUUAUUUCUUUUUUAUACUAUUCAAAAAAAGAAAAGAAGAAAAUUAGAAAUAUUUUGGUGUAGAUAAACGAAAUUAUUCGUUUCUUUCUAAGGGUUAUCACUGAUCUCUUUUUUCCAGAAUGUACAGAUCACACAUUAAUAAACAGGUAUUAAGCAACCCUAAAUACCACAUAAUACGAUGGCCAGUGCAUCUACUCAUGUAUCGUUAUAUCUAACAUUAUAUACCUAAACAACUUUGCCAAAAAUAGAUUUAGUCUAUGUAACAUAGAGUAUAGUUAAGGGCAUGCGAUAAAAAUUAACAUUUUAUCUUUCUCUUUUACAACUUCAUAUACAGCAUUUACAUAUUUCUUCUUUAUUUUUCUUUCUCUUCUUACAGCUUUUCUUAUCAGUGAUAUCUCUUGGUAUACUACUGCUUUAUAGAAUUUUUAAAUUCACUUACAGUAAUUAAUGGAGCAACUUAGUUUUAGUCGUUAUCAAAGGAGCCUUAUAAACACACUCGUAUAAAUAUAUAUACACGCGCGCAUACAAGCGCGAUACAUACAUUUUACACUUUCACUCAUACACAUAUUGCAUAAAUACAUUUUUUCUUACACUUAUAUACGAGUAUAAACGAUACCAUCAAUCAAUGCUAUUCCUUAUUUUCAAUAUUAUAAUAAAAAAAUAUUUCUUUUACGCAUAUUAUAAUUAAAACAUUAAUAUUAUAUUUACAUUUUCAUUCAAUAUUUUUAUUAAUGAAUAAUAGAACGCAUAACAAAAAGAGUAAACAGUAACCAUUUUCUAUUUAACUAUCGUAAUCUGUUUUCAUUUUAUAAAUAUGAAUAGCAUUGAAAAAAUGGUAUCUUUACAUUGAUAACAUCAUUUAUUUGAGAAAGAGGCAUAAACUAUGAAGAAAUUUUACAUAAUUGCGAUCCAAAUAACAGAUUGCUUAACUUUUUUCUCGUACGUCGAAACGAUCCUUCCAUUUAGUACGUAUUUGAUAUACUUCCUGUUUCCCAAACAGGUAACAUAUCUUUUAAAUAAGUCUCGACAAAUGACUAUGUUUUAUAUUUAAUUUACAUUUACAUGUAUAACAAAUUUGUAAAUAUCAAAAUAUUCAAAAUUUAAUUGUCUUUUUUCCAGAUAUAAUGCAUAAUUUUAACUUGUGACUAUGUAUAGUUAAAAAAAUAUUCUGUUUUAAGUAAAAUACUUAUUUAAAAGAUACGUGAUACACAUUUAGGCUUAACAUCUUAACUAGGAAAUGAAAUCGAAAAUUAAUCGGUUGAUAAAGUACACAGAGCUUGACUUCUCUCGGUCAAGCUAUAGAUUGCCAGUUUUUAAAUUCUGUUGACAGAACAGUGUAGAAUACCAUUUUUAAAUGUACCAUACGUGAAGAGAAUGAACUUAUUUAUGAAAUAACAUUGAUAAAAGAAAAUGAAAGCAAUGGACAGUUACUUCGUUAGGCAUUUUUUUUUCUCUCAGUUAUAAAUAUUUAGCUCGUGGUAGCUUGUUAAAUAACAGAAAAGCAUAACUAUCCUUAUAUAUUUUUUUUUUAAUUAUUAUUAUUAUUAUUAUUAUUAUAAUAAUUAUUAUUAUUAUUAUUAUUAUUAUUACCAUCGUAGACGCGUAAGUAGAAUUAGGUUUGAGCUCUCUACUAAUUCUGAAACUAGAAGAUAUUUUUUAUAAUUAUUAGAAUCGAGAAAUCGAGUAUUGCUAUUAUAUAUAUAUAUAUAAAUAUAUAUAAAUAUUAUUGAUAUCGAUUUGAUUUAAACAUUAAUGAUAAAAUUUUUUUUUAAAUAAGAUUUAGUUGCAAGACCGCCACUCGACAAAGUUCGUUUUUUUAAUAAUAAUGAACAAAAGAAAAAAAAGCUGAGGCUUCUUAUAGAUUUUUUUUUUUUUUAUGUAUCAGUAUUCUACGCGUUUGACUUUAGCUGUUAAGAGUUUUAACCACACUACUUAAAGGAAUCCCCGAUGGCGAGAUUUGUCUUACUUAAUUAUUAAAUUAUUUAGUUAUCUUCCCUUUCGAAUCCCUCCCAUGUCCCAUUACCCCUAUUCCCCCCCCCCUUCUCCCUUCCCCCUUCGUCCCUGUUUUGUACGUCUAUUUUUACACAAACAAUCCUUCCCUGAAUAAUUAUUUAAACUAUAAUUUAUUGUAUUCACCGUUUUUUGCACCAACGUUUAUGUAAGACAUAUUUUUUGGCAACGACUGGCUUAAUUUAUUGUUUCUUACAUUACUUUAUACGAGUUUCGCUCUUUUUUUCUUUUCUCUUCUUUUUUUUUUUUUUUUUUCUUUUCUUCUUUUUUGUAAAAAAAAAAAGAGAAAUAAAACAAUACAAACAUACGUUAGUUAGUAAUGAUCAGGCACUGCGCGUAUGGUCAUUCCCUCCUUUUCUGCGAGAUACACUCGGUUUUAAUGCGGUACGAGAUGCGGACGGUCAAUGCUUUAGGUGCCUUCACCUGGAGAUUUCGUUGAAUACAGAUGCUCACGUGCACGCGAGUAUAGAUACAUUUAUUGUAACGAAAAUCGUUUUUAUUUUCGAUCCAUCAGCUUUUCUCUUCAGCUUGCGAAACGUGCCUCUACGAAUUUAUAUUUCUUCGAUUUUUAAUCGCUUGUUAAAUCGGUACAAAAAGAAAAAAGAGAGAGAGAGAAAGAAAGUAAAUAGCGAUUUUAUAACUUAAUUACCGGCGAUGUAAUCCCGGAUAUGUAAUCGUGUACAAUGGAGUGGAGUUAAAGCUAUGGAUCGAAAGUAGACAAGAUCAGCCCGAGAUGCUUCGUCAUCACGAACAAAUCUUCGUACGAUAAGAAGAAGAAAGCUGUUUUUUUUUUUUUUUUUUUUUUUU